UAAGCUGGCAAUAUAUAUCAACAUUUCAUUGGUGAGUUGAAGGACAAAGAAAAGAAGCAAUGGAGUCCUUAGGCAGCAAACGUGUUUUGAUCGUUCUGGUAAUCCUAGUAUCCGCUGCUGUUCUGGUACAAUGUAAGACAGAUCUUAAGGUUUGCUACAGCAAGAAAAGCCCGUGCUUUCUCAAGCAGGUAUACUGCCCGAAGGAAUGUCCAUCCUCUUCACCGACAGACAAAACCGCUAAAAUAUGUUAUCUGAACUGUGACUCACCUAUAUGCAAAGCUGAGUGCAAAGGUCGCAAGCCUAAUUGUGAAGGCCCCGGAUCAGCAUGCAUGGACCCUCGCUUCAUCGGUGGAGAUGGCAUUGUCUUUUACUUCCACGGCAAGAAAAAUGAGUAUUUCAGCUUAGUUUCUGACCCCAACCUCCAAAUCAACGCCCGGUUCAUCGGUCUUCGCCCUGAAGGCAGAACCAGGGACUACACUUGGAUUCAGGCCCUUGGACUCCUCUUUGACUCUAACAGCUUCUCCCUAGAGGCCAGCCAAGCAUCGGCAUGGGAUAAUCAAAUCGACCACUUGAAAUUUAUUUACAAUGGAGAGGAGCUAAUCAUCCCAGAGUCUCAGCUCUCCGUGUGGCAAUCUCCGGAAAAUGCCAUUAGAGUAGAGAGAACAUCGAGCAAGAACAGUGUUUUGGUCACUCUCCCGGAAGUUGCUGAAAUUUCAGUAAAUGUGGUGCCUGUGACAAAGGAAGAUGAUAGGAUCCACAAUUAUCGGAUACCAUCAGAUGACUGUUUUGCACAUCUGGAAGUACAGUUCAGAUUCUAUGGCUUAUCCUCAAACGUUGAGGGAGUGCUUGGAAGGACUUACCAGCCAGAUUUCAAGAACCCGGCAAAGCCAGGAGUAGCUAUGCCAGUUGUGGGAGGGGAAAACAAGUACAGAACAACAUCACUUGUCUCCGCAGAUUGCGCUGCUUGUGUUUUCACUAAAUCCGGGAAGAUGGAUCAAACAGAUUUAAGGGUGAUGGAUCACGGAAAUCUUGACUGCACUGGUAAUUCCUUCGGUGGGAAUGGAAUAGUUUGCAGGAAGUAAUUGAUAUUAUUACAAGCUCAUGGAAUAAGUGAAGAUAUUAACUUCUCAGAUGAUAAUUUAAACUUGUGUAUCAACUCAUAUGUUAAUUAAUACACAUAAUGCUGAUAAUAUCUGUAAUGCCAA